AUGAUUUCCGUCGGCAUCCUCGAUGGCGCCGGGCCAAUCCAGGCUAGGAGACAUAGUCCUCAAUACUGUCUCUUGACUCUCAUUGUGGCUAUCUGCCUUGCGGUGUUCACUGGCUCCUACCUCUCCCACAGUUCGCACGAUCAACCGCCAUCUGACGUGCAGAAACGAAGCGUCUUAGAAAAUCCCCUUGGGUUCAACGACUCGCUCGUUUCGCUGACACAGGAACUUGUCUUGCCUGAACUUGUCUCUCGUGCAGCCAACCAAAAGCUAUGGGACAAGAAGGUUGGAAGUGGCCGAUGCAUCAAUGUACUCUCUGGUGCAUGAUGAACUCUAAUACCGUGGUGGAGGGGACCGUGACGUUGGAAAUACUCACAGCGACUGGGUGGGAAGAAUAUGAUGAUCAAGCAGCAGUAAAUGAUUGGCGCGAUGGAUUAGGAACAGCCGAUGGUUUGAUGAGAAUAAAUAAUUAAUUUGCUCAAACCUAGUGGCAUGAAAAUGAUUAGGACGACAAUGAA